AUUUUUUGGCGGCAGAUCGAUCGCUGCAAGUCGGACCACGACAGGGACUGGGCAUUGGUUUACCUUCUCUCUCGCAUCCGUUACCUUGGACCUCCAUUCCAUUAGGCCAUUGGUUUCUCUUACUAAAACAGUGGCACUGACAAUGGACUCAACCGACGCCCAGGCGCAGCCGCCGCAUGCAGAAAACCCACCCACUGCGCCUAUCCCCGAACAGCAGAACGGCGCAUCGGCCGCAGAGGGCACCGAGGGCCCCCCUUCGAAGAAAGCCAAGCUGGACGAACCUGCGACCUCCAAUGAGGAGAACGCAAAUGCUGGCCCUCGGCGUUUGAAGGGAAUCGCCGCCAUUAAGCCAGAGUUCCUCGUGCAGCAACUCCCCAACCGCAGACCCGAACCCGAGCAGAACCCGGAUGACGCCGCGGAGGCCGCCGGCCACGACGAUCGCGACGGCGGAAACAACGACAAGCAAGACAAGAAAGAUAAGAAGGAAAAGAAGAAGAAGAACAGCGGCGCAAACAAGGCACGCUCGUUUGGAAAGUCGCAGGAUGCGAAGUCCCUCUGCCCAAGCAGGACCUUUGCGCCGGAGUUCUCCCCGGGCGCCUGCAACUGGGGUGACAAGUGCCGCCACGAACAUGAUCUACGGACGUACCUGAAGGAACACAAGCGCGAGGACCUGACCACCUUCAACGGUCUCUGUCCUGUCUGGGAUGCCAGGGGCAAGUGUCCUGCCGGGUGGAAGUGCCGUCUUGUUGGCUCCCACAUGGUGGAACGCGAGACCGAGGAUGGGAAGAAGGAACUGGUGCUGACCGAGGAUGAGGAGCGCAAGAAGAAGGCGCAGCCAAUGGUCCCUUGUGCGACGGAAGAUGGCAGCGUGAAUGUGGUUUCGGCGGAAGAUAAAUACGGGCUCGCCAGGAAGAAGACUACGCUGCCCCGGGCCGAAGCGGUUAACAACUGGCUUGAAAAGAGCGGCAAGGAGUUGGAAAAGAGUAUACACGGCCGACACCAAGACGGGGACGCGAAGCCCGAGAACGAGGGCGAGGAGAAGGAACAGAGGGAAGAAAACCGGGCUCGUUAUGUCGAGCCGCCGUUUUUGCCAUCGGAGAAGCGACGGCUAUACUUUGGACCCGAGACCCCGGCUUUGGCGCCUUUGACCACUCAGGGAAACCUCCCCUUCCGGAGACUGUGCACGGAGCUCGGCGCUCAGUUUACCUACUCCGAGAUGGCCAUGAGCAUGCCCUUGAUCCAAGGCCACAAAUCAGAAUGGGCUUUGCUGAGAGCCCAUCAAACUGAGAUACUUCCCCCGACGGUCUCCAUGAAGGACAACGUUGUCCAGGGCUACGACAACUCGAAAGAUAUGAAGUUCGGUGCUCAGAUUGCGGCAAACAAGCCGUGGCAAGCGCUGAAGGCCACCGAGGUUCUGUCCCGCUACACACCUAACCUGCGUGUCAUCGAUUUGAAUUGUGGCUGCCCGAUUGAUCUUGUAUUCCGUGAAGGAGCCGGGUCUGCUCUUUUGGAACAUCCGGCGAAGUUGGAGAAAAUCGUGCGCGGCAUGAAUGCAGUUUCGGAAGAGAUCCCAAUCACUGUCAAGAUCCGCAUGGGAACCCGGGACAAUGCGCCGAACGCCACGAAGUUGGCAGAGCGUAUGAUUCUGGGUGGUUACGAGUAUUCCCUGAUUAACGCUGGUCCUCCCGGUGCCGCGGCUAUCACUCUCCAUGGACGAAGCCGACAGCAAAGAUACACCAGAUCCGCCGACUGGGGCUACAUUGCCGAAUGCGCUGCCCUCAUCAAGCGCUUGAAUGAGCAGACUGCCGACGUUACGGACACCAUCCGCGAGCCCGAGGCACGGUCGCAGCCCAACGGCGGAAAGACAUUCUUCCUCGGAAAUGGCGAUUGCUACUCCCACGUUGAUUACGAUGAACAUAUCAAUAACUCCGGCGUUGACAGCGUCAUGAUCGGCCGAGGAGCUCUGAUCAAGCCCUGGAUUUUCGAGGAGAUCCAGGCGGGUCAGUACCUGGACAAAUCUGCGUCUGAGCGUCUGGCGAUGGUCGAGAAAUUCGCCAAGUACGGACUGGAGGCAUGGGGAUCUGAUGAAUAUGGCGUUGGCAUCACCCGACGCUUCCUGCUCGAAUGGCUCAGCUUCACGUAUCGCUACGUGCCGAUCGGAAUCCUUGAAUAUCUCCCCCCUAACAUCCAGGAUCGGCCGCCAAUUUGGAAGGGCCGUAACGACUUGGAGACUCUUAUGGGCAGUCCCAACUACAAGGACUGGAUCAAAAUUACGGAAAUGUUCCUUGGUCCCGCUCACAAGGACUUCAAGUUCGAGCCGAAGCACAAGUCCAACUCGUACGACGAAGCGGAAGGAUAGAAUGGUCAUGAAAAUUAGAAGUCAGAUAGACAUGAAACAUGAAUGUACAUGCACGUU